UGUCAAUCCAAAUUAUUCCAAAUGUAAAAUAAAAACAGUCCCACAAAAUUAAAUUUCCAAUAAUGCACGGUACGGUAUUGUACGAUAUCAAAGAAGAAGAACCGAGCGAACUUCGCAGCGAUAAAAAUUCCGAAAAAGAAUCCGUAUCAUCCGUGGUCUCCACCACGUACCUCAUAGGAAUAAUAGCCGACGAAGACACGUGCGUCGGGUACCUUCUGGGCGGCAUCGGCGAAAUAGAUCUCGAAGAAACGCCGAAUUUCUUCCUGUACAACCAGAAGCAAACCAACUUCGAGCUCGAGGAGGUGUUUCAUCGGUUCGUCAACCGUCCCGACAUCGGCAUAUUGCUGAUACAACGCGAGGCCGCCGAUUUGAUUCACCGCUUGGUGUACAAUCACCAAGUUAGGAAAAUGCUGCCCGUCGUGCUCGAGAUUCCCGGCAAAAACGGGCCCUACGACAUAUGCAUCGAUCAUCUCCUGAAAAUGGUCGUGUGCCACGAGAAGGAGAGCGAGGAGAAAAUCGAGAGGAAAGGAUCCGGGCCGCAUCAAGCCGGCAGUCAGAUGCAUAUUAGACGCACUUCCGAAGGACACGAAUGAAUACCCAAUUUUUUUCUAUUAAAUCUAAGAAGGAUAUCUGUACGAGCUAAUAUAGUGAUGUGGCAAAA